AUGUUACCCAUUCACACGCUCUUUUCCCUGUUGGCUGGCUCAGCCGUCGCUGCCGUCCUCCCUGGUGGUCUCAAAGAUGGUGUCUACCGUACUUAUCUCGAUAGUCAAGGGAAUGAGGUACACGAGAAACUGUCUGACCCCAUCAAUCAAUCACCUGAGCCCGUUGUGUCAAUCAAUUUCACUCCGGCGUCGCCCCUGCUUAGCAAGCGUGACCCGGUGAUAUACUGCGGGUGUGGCUAUGGCAUGGACCAUAGUUACUGUGACGCGGCUGUUGCGGACCUCAAGACCCAAGUUGGCAGUGGUGUGCAUAUCGCGCCGGCCACGUCAUAUUACUCGAUUCGCGGCUCUGUCGUGGCCUUUGCCUGCGAAUACACUGGUGUCGGUACCAUGUUCAUCAGUGGUUCCGACAUCACGUACAUGGCCGCCGACAUAACCAGCGCUUGCGGAUUGUAUAUUGCCGGCUCAUACAAAUAUGGCGGAACCAACGCUGCUUUUGGUUAUAUGCGAUAUACAUCUGGCUUGAACUUCUGUGCAAAUGCCCUGUCAUCGUCAGCCCACAGCUGCUAG